UUGUGUUGUUAUUCCAGGCUUCAGCAGCUUCUUGAUGUUUGGAAAGUUCUGAGACCCAGCCCGUUGGACUACUUAUAACCAGCACCUAAGACUACAGAAACUUAUGUGUGAAGGAACCUCUUUUUGAAGGAAUCAUCCAUCUCAGUAUUGUGAAAACUCUGUCCAAGCCUUACAAGGCAGGAGAGUGAUUUGUGCUUCUGCUGACACUGGUGUGUAAUCUCUGCUUCUUAUGCACUCCAGCACCCCUAUCAGUUCCUUGUUCUCCUUCACCAGCCCUGCAGUGAAAAGGCUGCUGGGCUGGAAACAAGGAGAUGAAGAGGAAAAGUGGGCAGAAAAGGCUGUUGAUUCCUUGGUGAAGAAAUUAAAGAAGAAAAAAGGUGCCAUGGAAGAACUGGAAAGGGCUCUAAGCUGCCCGGGUCAGCCCAGUAAAUGUGUCACGAUCCCACGUUCCUUGGAUGGGCGGCUGCAGGUGUCUCACCGUAAGGGGCUCCCCCAUGUCAUAUACUGCAGAGUGUGGCGCUGGCCUGAUUUACAGUCUCACCAUGAAUUGAAACCACUGGAAUGUUGUGAGUUCCCAUUUGGCUCAAAACAGAAAGAAGUGUGCAUUAACCCCUACCAUUACCGACGGGUGGAAACCCCAGUCCUACCUCCUGUACUCGUUCCAAGACACAGCGAGUUUAACCCUCACCUCAGCCUUCUCGCCAAGUUUCGAAAUACUUCUCUGCACAGCGAGCCACUGAUGCCGCACAAUGCCACCUAUCCUGAUUCUUUCCAGCAUCCUCCAUGCACCCCUUUUCCACCAUCACCCAGCCACAUGUUCUCCCAGUCGCCUAACAGCAUCAGCUACCCCAACUCACCAGGAAGCUCUUCUGGACCAGGAAGUCCAUAUCAGCUCACGGUGGAAACUCCACCCCCACCCUACCAUGCAAGAGAAACUCCAGGAAACCACAAUGGGCGGUCAAUGGAUGCAAUAGCUGAAAGCCAACUGGUACUGUCUUUGCCCAAUGGGGGUAAAUCUGCCGAUGGAGAAACUGAAAAUUUUCGGCCUGUUUGCUAUGAAGAACCACAACAUUGGUGCUCAGUUGCCUACUAUGAACUCAACAACAGGGUAGGAGAGACUUUCCAGGCUUCUUCUCGAAGUAUCCUCAUAGAUGGAUUUACAGAUCCCUCAAAUAACAAAAACAGGUUCUGCCUGGGACUGCUCUCAAAUGUAAACCGCAAUUCUACUAUAGAAAACACCAGGAGACACAUAGGAAAAGGUGUUCAUCUUUAUUAUGUUGGCGGGGAAGUGUAUGCUGAAUGUGUCAGUGACAGCAGUAUUUUUGUGCAGAGCCGCAAUUGUAACUAUCAACAUGGUUUCCACCCAGCCACUGUCUGCAAGAUCCCCAGUGGCUGCAGCCUCAAGAUCUUCAACAACCAGCUCUUCGCCCAGCUGCUUGCCCAAUCAGUCAAUCAUGGUUUUGAAGUGGUAUAUGAGCUGACGAAGAUGUGUACGAUUCGAAUGAGCUUUGUUAAAGGCUGGGGAGCAGAGUAUCAUCGCCAAGAUGUUACAAGCACACCCUGCUGGAUUGAGAUCCACCUGCACGGACCAUUGCAAUGGCUGGAUAAGGUGCUGACACAGAUGGGCUCACCUCAUAACCCCAUCUCUUCAGUCUCUUAAAAUCAUCUCUAGAAUUCCCUUAGGAUGGAUGCUAUUGCAGGCAGUGGCUUAUAGGAUUUCCAGUGAACAGAAGCUUCUAUAUGUAGAUGUAUGCAGAUGUAAAUAUAUCUAUACAUAGUCUACUCUCCUAUUUUUUUUUCAUGCUACGUUUUGUGGUUUCUAGUUACUCUGAUGCCAGUACAAUACGUUUAGGAAUUCAGGUAUAGAGUAUCUGUUCUCAAAAUAAGCCAAGUUCCUGCAAAAGCGUCAAGCAGUUUCUGUGAGCAUCUUCAUUCCCCAGCCAAGCCAGUAAACGGUGCGAAUUCUCAGCACUUCAACAUGGAUUCAGAAACCUGGCUGUAGCUGUUCCUAGUAGGUGAAAUUCACCCUUCUGCAGGCAACAAAAGUCAGAUCUCGGCACCAUUUGUAUUCAUUUUACAUCGUAACUUCAGAUCUAAGAGAGGACCUUAGGUGGUGCACAGGACUGAAGCAUAGAGAUGACUUUUAUCCAGUGAACUGAAGGAUUAAACAGCAAUUCCAGUCUGUCUCCGUACUGCAAAGCACUGUGGGACAACAGAUCCCGUGAGGAGCUGAGACCCCUGGGUUUGGCAGGAGGAGAGAGCCCUUGGGAUGUCUUUGGCUCUGGCACCUUAUCAGAGCAUUCUGGACACAUCUGACUAGUCCGAUACACUUAACACAGUAGUUUAUGGUACUGCUGCACUGAAAAGCAACAAGCUCCUAAGAAAAAAAAGAAAAUUUGAAGUAUAUGCCUAGAAGUUUAAAAUCUAAUUAACUUCCAGUGCUUUUUUGCAAAGUACGUACAUACUUACAUAUGUAUCCGGCAUGUAAACUGAAUCCUAUCCAUUAUACAGUAUUGAUGUUGUUUGUUUUGAAGUUAGGACUAUGUAGUUAGACUACUGUGCUGAUAACAAGGGUACGUCUAAAAGGGACUUGAACUGUGAUUCGGGAAAAGGAAAUGAAGUGUGCAUUGAAGAACCAAGAAAUGAUAUCAUCAUUCAGCUCGGGACAGGCUGCGUUGGGAAUGGGAAGACCCAUGCUCACAAGAUACAGUGAGGAGGAGGUAAGAGGCAGUAAGGCUGUGCCCUGUGCUGUGCCAGUCGUUGACCUGGCUGCAGUGCCCGGGUUUGGCAGAGGGGCUCCUGGCACUUCGUACAUACCCAUGGAUGGUUUCUCAUCUUUGAGACAGGCUUCAGCGUUUGCAGUGUUGUGGCCUUGCCUGCCCAGGAUGGUGAGGCAGCAUAAGCUGUAAGCAAGAGAAGAGUGAGUCUAUAUGCAAAGCUUUCUUAACAGUUCCUUGUCGGUGGUCCUGGAAGCAGGAGGAAUUAUUGUCUGUAUUGUCCCCAGAGCCAGCCUUUUCAAGUGCUGUUCUUUUCUGGGGAGGCAGGUGAAACACUACUGCAUUUUGAUGGUCCCCAUUACCUUGCUGAAAGGGUAGAGGAUUAUUUCCCUUCGGUCAUAACAGGCCCCUGAAAACUGCUUUGCAUUAAGGGUCAACAAGAGCGGUAACUUCUCAAAUCUCACACACUAGAAUUAAAUAAUUCUUUUCUUCUCACACAAUAUCUGAUGCUACACAUUUUACUGCUUAAUUACAAGGGAAUGCGUGAAAUCUUCAAGUAAAUCAGAUAUGCAAACCAAGUAAUAUUCACUGGAAAGACUUUCUGUGUCUUUUAGAUGCUAUAUAAUGCCUGUUACGAGGUGGCAGUUAUGAACAGAGCAGAAGAAUGCACAAAGCAGAGGGGUUCCUUCCUUUAAACACACCAUCAGCUGCCUCCAGCAUUGGCAGGGCACAGGAGGACAGAUGGUUGUUAAGUUCGAGCAGAAUUGCAGGUUUAUAGGAAGUUUGUAAAUAUGAAGAACUCUGUUCUGUCACCAUUUGCCAUCAACAUCAUCAGUGUGGAGUAGGAGAAGCAUCACCUGUGGCAGUGAUUCCAGUACAAAUGUUCCACACAAAUUCCAGACAUGCCAUUUACUGCUUGGCAGACUGGAGAAAGAUGGGUGUGGAAACAGACCUUCUCCUCAGCUCCCUUGGUCUUCAGUAUGUCACUCUAUGGAGCUGUUGGUAGCACUGUUUUCAGGGUGUCUGUUGUGCCCUUUCCCCAGUUACGCUUUUCAUAUUGCUUAUCCCUUUGUUUAGCAGCUAAGGACAGGGAAAUCAGCUCCUCUGUCUGGGAUCUAGCACUGUCCUUCAUCCUACAUUCUUCCUUGCCUCUUAGGCUGAAACUUCCUCUCCUCAUACAAAGAGAAGCCUAGGUGUUGCUUUUGUCUUCUCUGUCCCAGAGAGCAAAGGUGGCUGUGCUAAGGUGCACCGUUCCUGGGCAGUUCCAGAACCCAGUUUCCUGCUGAUGCUGCAGAGGAAGAAGUGCAGGUAGUGAAGAUAAGCAGGUUUUCUGAGGCACUGUUCAUCUCAUCACGAGGUCUUUCAGGUGGAUCAGAAACAGUGUGCCCACUGAGUGUAAGGGGAAGGCAUGGUCAGAGCCAGACUGCUACAUUGGAUGCAUCCAAAAGGAGGUGAGCCAGUGGGGAGGUGGCCUCAGUGUCUGUGUUGUUUAAAUGCAAGUUGGUAAAUUCGGAGCAGCUUUUCCUUUCCUGUAUUUCUGCUCUUGCAGCAGUCCUCACACAGGUAGCCCUCCUGGCCUCACUGCAGUCCAUGUGUGCGUCUCAUGAAAGGCUGUCACCUUAACGUGCCCUUCCUCCUAAGGAAAGAAACAGGCAUUUCUGGAGUGCGCUUCUUCUGACCUAUUUAAAUGCCUACAUUAAGAUGAGACAAAUCAUUUAACCAUUUGCUGAAAGACCCUCUGAGAGUCUUCUCUAGUGUGCGAAUUAAAAAUUAAAAAUUCACGUUUCUCAUAAUUUACAGCAAGGUACCUUUCUAUCUCACUGUAAUGCCUCCCCAUUUUGGAAGGAGAUCCUUUGUGCAGUAAGGUCCUCAUGAACCCAUCACCCUGUGUAUUCAAUUUAUAGCCUUUAAAGACAUUCAUUAAUACCCAAGCUUUUGAGAGGGACUUCCUGCGGGAUUUAAAACCACUUACAGGGAGACUGCUUAGCUGAAGGCAGAUUUUUUAAAUGUCUUUUGAGCCAUCAACAUCAAACCCUCUUGAAGGUUUCUGUGGAGAAGUACUAUGCAUCAGCAGGCAGCGAUGGGAGUUUGGUCAGGCCGUGGCAUAAAGAACAUCCAUCAUGGUACUCAGACCUCGUUUUCUUAUUAAGUAGUUGAGAAGAGACUGUCUAAUUGCCGCCAGUUCAUCAGCAGCAGCAGUAUUAAUGUGCCGUUCACAUCCAGAGGGGACUGACGCAGGUCUCACACGCUGCUUGAAGCCAUUCCAGUGGCACUGCUGCUCUGCUCGGGCCCAAACCUUGCACUGCAACAGACGGUCAAUACAUUAUGGCCAUGGCUAGAGCACUCAGAAGUGCAGCAUGGGCUUUGCCUCCCUGUCAGAUCCCUCCUUACUGAGAACUCAGCCAGCAAGCACCGUGUUAAGCCUUCCCACAGCUGGAGCAGCCUCCUUGGAGAGGUCUCUGCCUCAAGCAGGGCAUCAGAGUGGGUGCCUCACAGAGAUCCCUUCUGUGCAGACAUUCAAUGGUAACUGGUUGUCACAGGCAGGAGCUCUCUGUGAGUGGAGACAGUGUCAGGAUGAAGCAUGUUUAUUUACCCUCAGCUAUUUCUGCAUGAGUUCAGUGCAGGACAGAGUUGUUACAUAUUAAUGUUUCAUGAGUAUAAAACCAGCACUAGAAACAUCUCUCAUUGUAAACAUCAUCCCAUCACAUAGCUCUUAAAAUGGAGCAAAUCAGGCAUUUGUGACUACAACUUUGUCUAAUCCACCCAUGUUCCUCCUUGCUUCUGGCACGCAUCCUUGGCUGCUAAGCGCUGCAUGCAAACCAAAGCCUCAGCAGUACUGCACAAACCACUGGAUGUGCAGAGGCUGCUCAGGCAGAGAUGUCAGCUCUUUGGUUGGAUGCAAUCAAUCUAUAAAGGAGCUUGAUAGACCUCAGUAGACUUUGAAGGGGUCUCAAGUACAUGACCAUGGCUCUUUAUCGACUUCUCUGGUGCUGAAAGCCUGAGUGGGCAUUUCGUCUUUGUUCCGUGGAGAGAAAUUGCUCAGUGUCUCUAAUGCAGACAAACUCUUCUGCAUGUGCACCAGCACAAGACACAGCCUUUAGUUUGUGACCAUCACCUGCUCACGCCGCUCCAGAGUGGCCAGGAGCAACCAGGAUCGUGUUGCCUGUUUCACCCCAGGGCUUCCCAACCAGCUUGCCCUGGUGUGCUUCAUGUUGCAUUGCCAUACCAGUGCCAUGCCACACUUACCUGCUAGGGAGGUGAGGCAUGAGUCCAACCAAGAGGACGCCUCCACUUGCACCUAGGCUAGGCUUGCAAAGCUGCUGCCCGUACAGAUAACGAGGCUGAGUUGCAGGCCAUGUCUCUUCUGCAAGACAAACAUAACCACUAUGUCCUCCAGUUGGCUCCUCUUCCAAUAUAGCCAGUGUGAACAUUUGCAGCUAAUUGUGAACAGUUUUUAGAUCUUCAGUCAUAGUGUUUUUAUUAUCCAUGGAUGCUGCUAUUUUAUAGUCCGUGUUAGUCUUCAAAUAAUAUUGCAUAUGAAUAGCAUAGGAAGAAAUAGACCAACCAGUUAGUAAUUUUAAAUACAGAUCUCAUCAGCAAAGAAAAGCUAGAAAAAAAAUCGGUAUAGUCUGACCCAUUGCACUUCUACUGCCGCAAGCACAUCAUCUGUUUCAAAGUGAUUUUUUGAUGCUGAGGUGUGUGUUACAUCUUACUGAUUCACUGUUAUGUCCAAGAGAUGCUUUGCAAACAAGAGAGCAAGGGAACAAACAUAAUGGUAAGCAGAGAGAAGGCAUCUCUAGAUAAUUUUUUCACUUACUCAAGCAAUUGGAGUUCAGUUUUUAAUUAUUUUUAACACUUUAUAAGUACAGGUUAAGCAUACCGCAGCGUGUUUUCUUCAGACAAUUCAGUGUUAGCAGCUUAAUCUGUCAUUUCAGUGUCACCUCUGUGAUUUUAAAUUGGGCUGAGAAGUGAGACAAGAAAGCAAAGAAACAGGCCUUGGCGUGGGUUAAUGAAGCCAUAAUCGUGCAGGGAUGUAUGCAGCCAAGGGGCCGUAACAGUGGGUUUGAGCAAGGUGUGAGGUUUUUUGUCUUAAGUAUUAGCUAUCAUAGCCUGGUGCAGGAAAGAACUGUGAAAUACAUCAUGAUUUAAUGGUACCACUUCUGUCUAUGAACAAUUCUGCCCUCUCUCUUUUCCGUCACAGUCAAGGCAAAACUUCACCACCACCUAGAAGAAAGUAGCAUUCACGGUUAGUGAUAUUCUGUAAUAACAGUGUGGAUCACUGUGUAAAUAAUGCUACUUGGACUCUUGCCUCUUGAGAACAAAAAAAUCUCAGAGACGUACUUAGUUUCAGGAGCCUGAGGCAUUGGGGCAGCUCAGUGUCCUCUACCAGCCCCAUGUCCUGACACAGAAGAGUACAACCACUGCUAAUCAAGUGGAUGUUCUCCCAAGCAUUCCUCCUGUUGCGUCUGAUUUGAGGCAUCCUGAAGUCAACACAUUUAGCCUGAUGUUUCAACAGUACACUUCUCGACACACUCCAUUUUCUUUGGCUGGAACUAUUCUAUUGUAAAAGGGAUUAUUCACGUCUUGUGUUUUACUGUUAAUAAAGUUAUUUCUGAUUUAAGAGGUC